UGCCCCGUCCCCUCUCUCUUCCGACCACCGUAUUGAAACCUACUGAUCCAGCGCAGUGACCUAUGAGUGACACUAUUGAAUAAUCAUGUCUGCCAAGUUGCACCUUCUCAGCCGUGCUAAAAAUAGUUUACGUCUUAUGCUUGCGUCCGUAAAGGAGCUGUGUAAAAAGCCUAUAUGGUGCUACCUUAUUUAACAGAUUUAAGGCCUUUGUGAAUACCUCAAACACUCAACACCUUUUAAAGGUGCAUGCAGAAUAAUUGGGCAGAAUAAAAAGCACUCCACACCAAGAGAAAUGUUUCGUUGCAGCCAUCAAAUUGUUCGAUUAGUCGUAUUAUUCAUGGACAUCAAAAUUUAGUAUCAGCAAACUAAACUUUUGGUUACAGCAACCAACAUUUCGGUUACAGCAACCAACAUUUCGGUCACAGCAACUAAAAAUUUGAUUCCUAUGACUAAACCGAACAGAUCGAACGAAAUUUGGUCGUGAGGUAUCAACACUGAUGGCUGCAACGAAACAUUUUUCUCUGUGCAUCAACGUCCUCGACUAAUUCUUUAGAAUCCUCCUUAAAGGCAAUAGUGUCUUCCGCGUCAAAGAUGUGUUACGAACUGUCAUAAUUCUUUCGGCGUCUUCACCUUGACUGCACAUUUUGCGGUUGUUGCCUCUGUAAAAUAUCAAAUAUUGAAUUCUCAGUUUAUGUUAAUUUAUUUCGAUUAUUGUAGAGGAACGUCGAUUUUUCCUUUGCUGCGCGACGUUUCGUUUUCGUGAACCGCAGAGUCGUCUGGGCCCUACGCCCCUUUCCUUGUGCAUCUCCGUCUUCCUAAACACAACACAUAUUGGAUGCGAGGCAUCUUGGACCUUUUAAUAACCGUCGCGCUCCGGUUCGCCUCGCUCUCACCUGGCUCGAUCCGGCUCACUCAGACUCGCACCGGCACGCACCGGUGGCUCUUGGUUGAGUACACGCAGAAAAAUAAAAUUAAGUUCCGUGCAAAUCGGUUUAACUGCACAAUUUUACACCCGUGCAAAAAAAUUAGCUGGAUGUAAAAAUAUUUAGCUGUGUAGAGCUAAGUGGCAUUAGCUACACAGUUAAUAAACUGUGCGGUUUACUAGAUGGCUAAAAAAUUAGCCCAGACUAUUCAGUGAAUUUUUUAGUCCCGGUGCUAAAAACUUAGAGCCAAGAAUUUUGGCUGCAGGCUGCCUGCGAACCAAAUUGAAGUAAAUUCUCCGUGAAACGCAUAUUUUUUUCGCAGUGAUACGGAAAACGGUCUGAUCGUAUCGAUGAAAGUUCUAACUAUUUUUUUUUUUUAGUUUGCAAAUAAAUGCCCUGCAGCGCAGUAGUAGAGCUAAAUCUGCAGCAUCCGAUGGGGUGCGUCACUGCUCAGCCUCAGUUUAGUUUGGCCCUAAGAAAAUAAACACUCUCAAAGGGGAGCCGGAAACUGUUGAGUUGCACCACGAGAAAUGCAGUCUUGUGGAUUCGAGAUGAACCGAUGCAGUGGGUACGGUGGAUCCUCAGAACUUCAUCUUCCUUUUUUGCUAUACUUCCUAAAAUUUGAAUUGAACGAAGUCUUUUUGGCGUGGCACCUAGUUAAGCUUUCCUUGCCCUAUUAAAAGUUCAACUUUUUUUGUGUUUGUGCUAGCGAUGUCUGACUUCCUAAACCCGACUAAGUCUUCAACCAAUAGGCCUAUCUCACAAGCCUCAGUAAAAUAGGAAGCAUGAGAUGUGAAGUACGAGUAUUUUGGAAAGAACUUACUUCACUGUAAAGUGGUUAGCGUUCUUCAGAGAACGUCACCAUAACACGCCAAAGUUACAGUGAACUGACACUAAGUUAACUGUCUGGUCGCAGGCUGAGAACUACCUCUGCACGCAGUGUUCGUGUAUUGUAGGAUUCGUUCUGUUCGAAAGCUGCAACUACUGUUGUAGAACAAAACGGUGACAGGUGUAAGGGCUGGUUUACUCCCCCCACCCCCUCCCGCCGUCCUCAAUACCCCGCAUAUGCCGUGUAGCGAAUCAGCAGCAGUGUGUUCUUCCCGCAGGAAUCCCAGCCUACAUCCACAGCCAUGUUGUUCUUGUGCGCUCUCCAGGUGUCCAUGACCCUCGCUGUGUCGGCUGCAGUUAUCAAAGGGAACGCUUACAGUCGAAGAGGUGUACAAGGAUCGAGACCAGUUCGCGGCACUCGUCCGCGAGGUGGCAGCACCUGAUGUGGGCCGCAUGGGAAUAGAGAUCUUGUCCUUCACCAUCAAGGAUGUCUACGACGACGUGCAGUACCUCGCCUCACUGGGCAAGGCGCAGACUGCCGCUGUUAAACGGGACGCCGAUGUCGGAGUCGCACAGGCUAACAGGGAUGCCGGCAUCAGGGAAGCUGAGUGUGAGAAGUCGGCCAUGGACAUCAAGUACAAUACGGACACGAAAGUGGAGGACAACUCUCGAAUGUAUAAAUUGCAAAAGGCCCUCUUUGACAAGGAGAUUAACACAGCGAAAGCAGAAUCCCAGCUAGCCUAUGAGCUCCAAGCAGCGAAAAUUCGACAGAAAAUCCGAAACGAGGAAAUUCAAAUCGACGUAGUUGAACGGCGCAAGCAGAUCGAGAUAGAAGAGCAAGAAGUGCAGAGAAAAGAGAGAGAGUUGAACGCAACUGUGCGGCUGCCAGCGGAGGCAGAAAGUUACCGACUUCAGACCGUCGCUGAGGGCAAGCGAACGCAAACUGUCGAGGUGGCGCGCGCCGAGGCCGAGAAGACGAAGAAGAUUGGGGCGGCCGAGGCCUACUCCAUCGAGGUCGUCGGCAAGGCGGAGGCCGAAAGAAUGCGCGCCAAAGCUGCUGUCUACAAGCAGUACGGCGACGCCGCCAUCAUGUCAAUUGUCCUGGAAGCUUUACCAAAGAUUGCUGCCGAAGUUGCUGCCCCGUUGGCGAAGACUGAUGAGAUUGUAUUAAUAGGGGGUAACGAUAGCACAACGUCUGAAGUUGCCAGAUUGGUUGGACAAAUUCCGCCAGCGAUCAACGCCUUAACUGGCGUUGAUCUCUCCAAAGUAUUAAGCAAAGUUCCGGGAGCGAAGUAGUACUGAUGAACCGUGCUGUGAAUUUCAAGUUACCAUCGCCCUGAACUAUUCUUCUGACCAAUGCAACCAUUUUUAACCAUUUUUAAAGUUAAGACAUUUUAUUUUAUACAUUUUGUGUAUAUAAGUGUUGUGUUCAUUUGAUUGCGGUUAAUAACGCGUGCUGCUGCUUGUUAAAGUGAAUUUGUAUUUUUGGGUGGACUGGUUUAGUUUCCGUAUAUGUGAUUCAAAACGUAAAUAAUAUGUAUUGUAUAUUUGUGAGCAAAGUUUUUUCUCUGUGUAUUUUUUGUGCAAAUUAUUCUAUUGUGUAUUACAAUGCAUGUCACAAUUCGAAAAGCUUCCCCUUGAAACAAAUUUGACUAGUUUUAAAAGGGUUAAAUAUUAACAGUUAGCAGAAAGUUUUUGUUUUUGUUUUUGACAUGUGAUGGGCAUUGUAAAACACUCCAAAUUGAGUCAUUUAGAGCUUAGAUUCUAUCUUAGCCACAAAUUACAUACUCGUAAUCACACGCUGGUAUAAUACCAGCCAUUGUGAACCCAUUUCUUUGUAACUACAUUUAAUCUUUCCAAAUCUCUUCGCAAAGUUUUAACUUACGCGUCACUUAUUAUUCUUGAUGCCGUAAAACAUGUGUGAGAGAGUGUUCUGGUCGUUUCAUCACCGACCGUUUGAUAUAAUUGCAUAUGCUAUUUUCUUACAUUUUCAAUGAACAAGUUAUAAAGCAUUAAAUUUCAACCUUCUCUUAUAGCUGGUGUGUGAAUGUUGGAUUAGAACUAUUUUAACUGAGCUGGGCUCGCGUCCCUAAUGCCGGGUUUACUAUGGAGCUUUUUCGGAACAGAACGAAAUUUGUGCCUAACGGAGCGAAUCGGAACUGCACGGAACGCACAUUAGUUUUGUUCCGUUACUGAAACAUCGUAAACACCUCUUCGUUCCCUACCCGAAAAAUUUGUUCUGUUCUGCUAAAAUGUCGUUCUGUUCCGAAAUCACCAACUCCAUCGUAAACCCGCCAUAAAAGUAAACUCUCAUUAUUAUUUUAUUUCAUUUUUUUUUUGUCUUCUUGUUUUAUAACAUGCGACUUUUUUGCCGAACAGUUUGCAAUCCAAGUGCUGUAAUGGUUCUGUGCUGAAUGUAAAUGCAGUAUUUUCUUUACUUCUAUAUGACAUCUGAUAUAGUAAAAACUUUGAUAAAUGUUUACAGCUUCUUAAAUUUGUUUUCAAUGAUUGACCUGUUUAUUUGACCUUAUUCUCAUUUGUUAUUAACAUUUGAAGACUGGUUACUAUAAAAUUGAAUUUCACAAUCACACAGCUUCAUCCAAAAGAUGGAUCUGGCAUCACCUUGUCAGAUCAAUAGUCAUUAUUUUGACGAGAAAAGUGUGAUUUCCGAGGAUUGCGUUAUUUGCUGUUCGACCAGUGCGAUCAUUUUGGCGGUCAAAGAUGUAAUACAAGUAACAAAGAUUAUUUGUGUCUCUCGCUAACUUACCAAUCUGACAAAGAAGCCAUACUUUGGGUGCCGAUGUUUUCGAAGUGUUACACAAAUAAUGUGUCCAGUGGCUUCACACAAAAUUUCACAUGUACACCUUGAAAGGCUCCAGUACACUGUUAACGCUGUAGUCGCCUAGCUUUCCAAGAUGUUGGCAGUCCUUUUUGAUUGCCAAAUUUUGUUCGUCUUUUGGUGGCUGCCAAUUUUGCCCUCUUUGCUCGCCAAAAGUUGACCUUCUUUCAAAAGGAAGCCAAAAUUUGGCAAUCAAAAAGUAUUGCCAACAUUUUGGCAAGCUAGGUGACCACGGCGUUAACAGUGUAAUUGGAAUGGGACCUUACGUGUGUUUGUUUCGUAUAUUUCGAAAGAUAAAUGACUUAUUGUGAAGAGGGGUUUUCUUUCUCUGGCUAAAGACAGCACGACGUCUUAAAGCGUUGCAUCAAGUGCACAUUCCCAUGAAAGUAUUGGGUCUAAGGGAUACCAUUAUUAAACUCUAUCAUAUGUGUAAAUCCUUUUUUUGACUAACUUUAAUGCCCAAUAACUUUUUUGGCCAAGUGUAUAUUAGCACAUACUGUACUUUCGCAAGAUUUCCACUGUGUUCUUUUCCAUCGUUGAUCCGGGUAAAUCAUCUGCCUUUAUCACAUUUUAUAAGUAGUGUCCUAAAAAGUUCUCAAACGACUGUGGUGCGAUGCAUUCGUGAUGUGAUGCUAAAAACUAUAGAGAUUAGUGUUGCCUUAUCGUAACAAGUCACUGAACUCAUGAUUUCUUCUGCUCUAUGACAGAAAUAAUGUAAAGUUAAAUUUUUGACUGUGAUGUUAAGCACUGCCUCACUGCCAAAAAUUCUUUAGCUUAAAUUCAUAAACUCAAUAUCUUUUAAGCAUUGAUUUGUGCGGAUAUUUUCAAUACUUAGUAACUUCAAACUCAUUGCAUUGAUGUCUUUGUAUUUUUCGGAUAGUAUUUUAAUACAGUGCAUUGUUUUUGUUUCA